CAGCGCAACUGCGGUUAUAAGCGAGUACGGGUGCGUGUUUAGAGGACGGCGAAGUAUAACGUGUUUUAUUUUUUACUCAAGAGCGUAUUUUAGUUGUCUGUGUGUGUAUAUCGACAAGAGGAGUGCAUUCUGAUAGAGGUGUCCAGGCCCCGGGUUGAAGUCAUCAUGGAAAGAACAGGAAUUUAUUGUGUUCUUCUGUCGCUACUCGUCAUAGUCACAAUUCACACGUGUAUAGCACAGAAACCAGACCUUAUAAUACGUUAUGGCAAAUCCUUCCCCUCGCGGCCAAGGCAAAUGCCGCGAUCUCCCUUCUAUGCCAAACGGAAUGAGGUGUUUCUCCAAUCAGGCAACAAUGACUUCCCAUCGGACUUUGCUAGAGAUGAGCAAAUGGACACAGACAAGGCAGCAAUUGAUGAUGCAGCGUUUAUCGAGAGACCGCUUGACUUCGAUCCUUUCUCAAGGUGGCGAUCACAAAGACAGCGAAUAAUGAGGGCGAAAUUCCUUCAGGAUUGAUGAUGACUCCAGACCACGUAUUUCAUAUCCUCCUCCCCCAUCAACUAAAAUGGACAACCAACUUCAGGACUUUUAAGAAUGUAGAUUUUAAUUCUACCAUGAGAACCAGACUCUGUGUAUAAACUUCUAUAUGAACAACAAUAGAAAGUUACUCGAAGAUUUCGAGACAAUCAUUUACGAGGGACUUUAAAGACAAACUUACUUUGUUAUUAAUCAAAUUUCAGAUUUUACCACGAAAAAAAAAAUGACUACGACUGAGUAUCUACAAAUAAACUGUUUACUAAAGACCUAAACAUAAUUUUAAAAAGCUAUUAAGUAAACAAUCUUUGCUCAGCAAAGUUCUUGAGUAAGCCACAACUAGUAGCGGGGGCUCCAGUCGCAAUGCUGUCAACUUAAUGUCAACUCAGCUGGUUAACAUUUUCUGCUGAUAAGUUUUUAUUUGUUUGUUUGCUUAGCAAUUUUGUGUGCUUAAAAUCUUUUUAAAAUGAACUCUAGGCCGAAUGUCAUUGAGCUAUUGGUUGGACAGGGAGAAAGAAAAAACUGAAAGUCAAUAAGCAUAACCUUAUUUGUUGUGGCAGGUACUUUUACUAAAAUGUAGAGCUUUUAAAGAUUACGGUUUUCCAAUGUAGGUAAACGGACCCAGUUAAAGAGAAGGGUGUUCGCCCGGUGUUACAGCUGCUGACAGCACUGCAGCACCCUUAAAACUCUUUAUUAUACAGUGCGACACCAAAAAUCGGUCCCACAUUUCAAAAGUUUCGAACCUUUCUUUAUCAAAUGUGUCCUUUUGUCAAGCGCUUAUUUGUAGAUACGUGCAUUAUAUAACAACAGAGAAGGUACGCAGGUAUUGUAUUUACAAAUGCCUUACACAGUUGUCUAUCGAGUGGUUUUAAAAUCCACUUCAAGCUACUAUGGUAAAUAUUGUCUGAGGAAAGCUCAGCUGUCAGUUUUCAAACAUGAUUGAGCUUGGUACACCGUUGUACUUAAGAGUUUAAUUAUAUGCCUAAAUCCUUCUUAAUCACCACAUCUACAAUUUCUAUUAACAACCCUUUGGAAAUGCUAUGUUUAAUUUAUUGAGGGGAGAAGGGGGUGUAAGCGUUUUCAAACUGCUUGCCAAACUCAAUUACCUGUGGUUAUUGCCGACAUGGUCAAUGGCCCCACGUUUUGACCGUAAGCAGAGUUUUUCUCAAAGGCGAUUUAAAAGCUAAAAAAUAAUGGUAAAGUAUUUCAUUAGAAAGCAGUAACGAGGACCGCAGGGUCAUCGUUUUGGGGCUAUUAGAAUAAAAGUAGUUGUAAAAUCAUAAUUAGUAGCAGACUAAAGUUGUGGACUGACCUUAGAUGUCAUUUCCCCUUAACAUGUCAUAUUUUUGAAAGAAAAAAAGAACGUAUUGAGUCUAUAGUCUUGCAAUGAGCAAUCGCAUAUCAUGCUUCGUAAAGCAAUGCUUAGCAAACUAUAACCCGCGUACCAAUGGAAAGUAAGAAGACUGCAAUCUACAACUAAUCUGUCUCGGCCAAAAGCCCCAAAUGUUUCCGCUUACCCUAAUUAUUUGGGUGCUAAUUAUUCGCCUCUAGCAACAACUAUGGCAUUCCCCCCAUGAAAGCGUAAUGGGUCUAUUUCAUACUUUGGACAAAGCGUUUAACAUAAAUUGCUCGCUGUUUCUUCUGGCACCUUUCCAGAUAAAUUUCCCCUUCGUGGUUAAACUGCCUACAGGGGUGACAAGUAUAUACACUGAAUGGUUUUUAAAUGAUGAAUGAGUUUUAUACUAAACUGUAAUCGAAUAGAAAUGUGGUUAAUUCAUACGACACGGCACCUAUAUACAGUUAUGCGCCAUUAAUGGCAGAGUUGUGGCGCCAUUUUGUUUUGGGCUGUUCUUGCUGGAUAAGCUUGUCACGAAUCUCUUGGUUUUCAAUCAAUUGUCCGUCGAAAGUAAACUACUGCAAUGUAUGUAAUGUCCCCUUCAAAAUGGACUGCUUUUAUCCUAUAAAAGUAGAUUGAAAUUAUUAUAAAUUAAGUAUCCCUUUAUUGAAAACGACGUAUAUUUAUGAAUUUAUUAAUUUGCUUAAAAUAUGUUGUGUAAAAAAUACAGUAAUGGUAUACAUCAUGUGGUCCAUGUGAAAGACUGCAGUGUUUCCGACAAAGUAUUACGUUUCGCCUAAUGCGUCUGGCAUUGUGCCCGACAAAGCAAGAAGUUCGACAAAUAUUGUCGACAAACCACUAUGCUUGUCCUGGUGUGUCUGGAAUACCUUUUCUGGACGCAGUGGCGUAUGCUGGAUUCAUUGGCCUCAACUAACAUCGAUCCCCUUGACAACGUUAGGAUCUUCAGAAUCCAAAGCACGUUGCCCGAAAGGUAUACAGGUAUUCCUCUUGCAACAAAUCGUAUUUCAAAAAAGAAAAACAAAGAUCAACCUUAUCCAAAAUACAUUGGGGAAACAAAUGGUAUCCAAGCAUUGGGAAGGUACAAACUAAA